AUGGCGCACUUGGAGGUAGCCCUUCACGAUGGCCUUGUGACCUCAUCUUUGUCGCAAGGCUCCCGCAGCCGAGUAGACAGACGACCUCUCCUGGCAGACAGCGCUGCAAAAGCUUCUGAUGGCAGUCAGCUGGCCUCCGGCUACUUCAGACUGUCACGGUGCUUGGCAUGCAGCCUCACAGCCAUGGGCACGGCCGCAGGGCUGCGGCGGCGCCGCGGGGACCGCGGGGACCGAGGGCCGCCGAGCGAGGCCAUCUCCCGGCCUCGGAGGCCAAGGCGAGACGGCGACGACCGAGAAGGAGCCUUCCGGGGCGGAAGAGGAAGGGGCGGCCGAGCGUCUGAACGCUGGAAGUCUGCAAAGUCCCAGUCCGCCAUGGACUGGGGCGGCGUGAGGGUAACGGGAGCCGCCGCCGAGUGGCUUCAGUCACAGAUGGAGCUGGGAGGUGGGACGUUUGAGCCAUCACCCAUUCAGGCAGAGGCGAUGUCGCGGAUCUAUGAUGGCGAGUCUUGCUGCAUCCACGCUCCCACUGGAACGGGCAAGACACUCUGCUACCUGCUUCCCUUGUUGCAGCGGUUCACGGAAGAGGCAGCGCGAGCACCCGCUCGUGGCCUUCGCUUCCUCAUUUUGGUUCCGACGGCGGUCCUUCAGGUGCAGACAGUCGCUCUUGCCCGUGCGCUUCUUGGGCCUGGCAAGGCGGAAAAUGUGACCCUCAUGCGACGUGAUGCAGACAACACAUCAGAGCCCAGCAACAUCGUCGUGGCGACGCCGCGUCACAUUCGCGACUUGUUGGACGAGCCCAUGACGCAGCCUUUGUGGCUGCGCGCUUUAGGCCAGCUCGACUGGGUCGUCGUCGACGAGGCCGAUCAGCUUGUGGACAAGUGGCACCGGGUGCAACGCAGACUGGCAAGCCGAGAGGGCCGAGUCCUCCCUGCAGUUGCUUUGUUGAAAGAGAUCGAGUUGCAGACCACCAAGGCCGGUCGUCGCGAUGAGUGGCAGCUCGUGGGUGCAACUGCCACCCUCAACCGCAGGACUUUCCGCGCCGUCAAGUACAGUGCUGGCAUCGACCUGGCACUGAUCCGCGCUGCUGGAAGCACAAUCCCAGAGGUUGAAAACCAGCAAACCGGUGGACAGUAUGGGGAUGGCACUACGGGCUGGCCAGAUAAGCUCCGCCAUCGACUACGAGUUCCCAUUCCCUUUCGCUUUCCCAAGGUGAUGCAAUUUGCUGCCAAGACCAUCUACGAGCUGGAGGCAAAACGGAUUCUAGUGGUCCUUGCUACGACGGGGCUAGGAGGCCGAGCUCCGUCGAGCGAGUACGGCCGAAGCUUGGUCUUGAGCCAGCUGCGCUUUCGGCUAGAGGACCUCGAGGAUGGGAGCGAGCAAGGUCAACCACGUGGCAGGUUUUUUCAGGUCAUCAGCGUCUCCGAAGCCGUUGAGGCAGCAGCUAAGCUGUGGUCCAGCGAAGGAAGUCGACAGAGGGUGCGAGACGACAGGCAUUGCCAGGUCGUCGUGGCCGCGGCCCAGGAGAUUCGCGGCAUGCAUUUGGACUUUAUCGACGCUGUCGUGUUGAUUGGCGACCCAAACGACAUCAGCGACUACAUGCAUGCUGCCGGCCGCACCUGUCGCUACCAGCCCGGAUCCGCAGAGCCCUUGGAGGGCAUGGUGGUGUCCAUAGUCGAGGACUCCGUCGCCAACAAGAUGAUGAAGUGGUCGAAAUUGUCUGGUUUCAAGCUGAUCGAGGUUCCGAUGAAGACGAACAUAAAGACCGGGGAGCCAGCGGAGAGGCUGCUGACGAAGCGGCAGCAGCGGGCUGCCGCUGAGCUUGGCGAGGCUCUGAAGGAUUUCGAAGACGACUUCCCGGAGCUGUACGAGUAUGACGAGCCAGAGUUCAGGGAGGCGGAGCAUGCGGAGCCAGCCCUGUCUCCUCCAUCCGUCUGGAGCUGA